AUGCCUCCGCCGCCUGUGCCCUCGCACACAAUGGACAGGACAAAGAAGUUCGACAUCAACAGCCUCAUGUCGCCCCCCGAGGCGGUCCUCGACAGCUUCAGCCAAAACACUUCCAUCGCCCGCAGAGCCUCGGGCAGUCACGACGGCCAAGGCGCCGCCCAGCCAGCCUCUGCGCAUCAGCCGCUGCCCAUGUCGCCACCGGUGUCGCCGUACAGCAAACCGAUUGCGACGACAACCGCACCGCCCGUCUCGCCGCCCUCGAGCCAGUCGACUGUGCAUGACCCUCUCCUCUACCCGCACGACGAGCAUUCGCCCGCGAGCCCUCCGCAGGCACCUCUUUUUGCGCCCGCCGAACUCGAAACCCAGCGCAUCGUCGACCAGCAUGUUCGCGCCCGCUCAGAGAGCAUCUUUGCGGGCGUCGCACCACCGCGCCGCGAAGACUACGAACUCGCCCUCACCUUUCGCUCACACGUCAUGAAGCACUUCACGGCCGACCGCAAAGGGUGGCUGCGCAAGAACCGCGCGCUCCUCGAGGCCGACCGCCGGGCCGGUGCGCAGCGGUAUCCGACCAUCAUGCCCGCGAAGCCCCUCGUGGCCAAGCCAGUCAAGCAUCGCAACACGGACCGUGUUUCCAAGACACAGGGCGGCGGCCAGGGUGGUGGUGGUGCCCCGCGGCCGAUCCGCAACAACGUGCCAGGCACGGCGCCUGCGAGAUCCGCCACGGCCAGACCCGCAGGAGGCCGCGUUAGCGCGACGCCGGAGCCAUCGCGCCGGAUCGUGGCGCCCAACCGCGAGGACAAGGACUUUGAGGCCCUGCCCGACUACUGCCCGCCCCUCGACACGCUACCCAAUCGGCCCAACAGCCUCAAGGUGGAUUGGAAGGGACAGCCGAUCGACCUCAGCAACGACCCGCACCGGCAGCUGCUUCACCCAGACGAGGUGACGCUGGCGGGCAACCUGCGGCUCGACUGCGCGACGUACCUGACGAGCAAGCGGCGCAUUUUUGAGCGGCGGCUGCAGUGCCUGCGCAUGGGAAAGGAGUUCCGCAAGACAGACGCCCAGCAGGCGUGCAAGAUUGACGUGAACAAGGCAUCGAAGCUGUGGACCGCGUUUGAUAAGGUGGGCUGGCUGGACGCGCGGUUCAUGCGGCAAUUCCUGUAA